GCGGCGGCACAUCUCUGGGUCCAGGACGAGCCCGCGGCGGUGAGACUCCGGGGUUGCGGCGCCGCCCGCCCGCCCCGCCCGCAGAGUCUGGCCGCCGCGCAUCGUCCGCACACGCCACCGCCGCCGCUGCCGCCGCGAUGGGCUCCUGAGGCCCUCUUCGAUUACUCCCAGGGUUUCUCUCAGGGAGCCCCCUGCUGCCAGGCACCAUGACGGUGAGGGGGGCCCCACUGGCCCCGGAUCCAGCAGCACCCACAACCGCAGCAGCCUCGCCCAGUGUCUCCGCAACCCCUGAGGGCAGCCCCACGGCCGUGGAGCAGCCUGUGUUUCUGAUGACAACUGCUGCUCAGGCCAUCUCUGGCUUCUUCGUUUGGACGGCCCUGCUCAUCACCUGCCACCAGAUCUACAUGCACCUGCGCUGCUACAGCUGCCCCAACGAGCAGCGCUACAUCGUCCGCAUCCUCUUCAUCGUGCCCAUCUACGCCUUCGACUCCUGGCUCAGCCUCCUGUUCUUCACCAACGACCAGUACUACGUGUACUUCGGCACCGUGCGCGACUGCUAUGAGGCCUUGGUCAUCUACAAUUUCCUGAGCCUGUGCUAUGAAUACCUCGGGGGAGAAAGUUCCAUUAUGUCAGAGAUCAGAGGGAAGCCCAUUGAGUCCAGCUGUAUGUAUGGCACAUGCUGCCUCUGGGGAAAGACAUACUCCAUCGGAUUCCUGCGGUUCUGCAAGCAGGCCACCCUGCAGUUCUGUGUGGUGAAGCCGCUCAUGGCUGUCAGCACCGUGGUUCUCCAGGCCUUCGACAAGUACCGGGACGGUGACUUUGACGUCGCCAGCGGCUACCUCUACGUGACCAUCAUCUACAACGUCUCUGUCAGCCUGGCCCUCUACGCCCUCUUCCUCUUCUACUUCGCCACGCGGGAGCUGCUUAGCCCCUAUAGCCCCGUCCUCAAGUUCUUCAUGGUCAAGUCUGUCAUCUUCCUGUCCUUCUGGCAAGGCAUGCUCCUGGCCAUCCUGGAGAAGUGCGGGGCCAUCCCCAAGAUCCGUUCGGCCCGCGUGUCGGUGGGUGAGGGCACCGUGGCUGCCGGCUACCAGGACUUCAUCAUCUGCGUGGAGAUGUUCUUCGCAGCCCUGGCCCUACGGCACGCCUUCACCUACAAGGUCUAUGCCGACAAGAGGCUGGACGAGCAAGUGCCAACAUAUGGCCCUUACGGCCGCUGCGCUCCCAUGAAGAGCAUCUCCAGCAGCCUCAAGGAGACCAUGAACCCGCAUGACAUCGUGCAGGAUGCCAUCCACAACUUCUCGCCCGCCUACCAGCAGUACACACAGCAGUCCACCCUGGAGCCGGGGCCCACCUGGCGCAGUAGCGCCCACGGCCUCUCGCGUUCCCACAGCCUCAGUGGCGCUCGUGACAACGAGAAGACUCUCCUGCUUAGCUCCGACGAUGAGUUCUAAGUGUGCCGCUUCGGGGGAGGCUCGGCGCCUUGGCCCAGGGCAGCUGUGCCCCUCCAGCCUUGUGUCCAGGCCAGGAGGCAGGCUGGCACAGCAUUGGCAUCGCCCUUUAAUUUAUUGGACCAGAGACACUCACAUAUCGCUUCCAGAGGAACAGCCAGCCGCUGUCUGCCCAGGGGACAGCCCCAGGCUCACCGACGAGCCUUCAGGAAUAUUUAUACAAGGCCAGGUCUGCACUGCCCAGGCGAGGGGCGGAGGACGCUGGGAAUGACUCCUAGGCCCAGACACUUGUGUUGUGGACCAGCAGCCACAGCCUUCUCAGCCUGUCCCCCAGGUCAUUGCCCUCCCCGAGGAGACUCUCAGCCCCACCCCCAAACACCGUGCAAUACAGCAACCUGGGCUCUUGCCACCUGCUCCCUCCCCUGUCGCCUCUUGUCUGAUGCUAGAUUAGCCUCCACCUGGGCAGGAGGGAGGAGGCAAUGCAGCUCUCUGUGAACCCCCUCCUGACCCAGGCCUGCCUGGCAUGCUGCAAGGAUCAGAGCCAGACACCAAGAGCCACCGGUCCCACUAGGAAGGGUCCUCAGGUGCCUCUGGGCCCCUCUUCUGUUGAUGUGGCCUCUCCAAGCUGGGGUCCCUGGGCCCCUGGGUGUCCUCUCUGUGGCUGCACCUCUGCCUCUCACGCCCCUUCCUCCUGGCCUGCUGAGGACAGCCAGCAGCCCACACUGCCCCUCACUUGGGGUCUUUCCUCUUGAGAGCAUUUUUGGGCAGAAUCCUUACUUCUUGGCUGUUCAAAGGGUCAGGGGCUCCCACCCUCCUUCCCAGGCUGAGCAAUCAGAACCUCUGCUGGGUCCUGGUCUCUCUCUGGGGCUUCUCCCCCCCCAUUUCAGGGGAAGAGUCAGUCUCCAUGUUUCAGAGCAGCUUCCAGAGGACACAGUCCUGUGGGAGGGAGGACGGAGGGCUGGGCCAUGCAGCCGGGGGCCAGGAGCGGGGAGGAGUCGGCGCAGGCUCCUCUCCGUGGCCCCUUCCCUACCAGGGCCUGGUGUCCUCCCUUGUCUGGCCCCCUAGCCCGUCUCUUCUGUGCCUUAGUCACAUAUGAAAGCUCCCCCUCCCUAGGCCCUCAGUCUGUCCCAGACACUCCCUGGGGACUCCCUGUUAAGCUGCUGGCACUCAGGAUCCUGCAGUGCUGGGCCAGGCGCCUUGGACAGGCCUCAGGGGUGGCCAGGACCACCAGUCCCCUCCCCUUGCCCACCUCCCCACCCAUAUACCUGGAGCCUCCCAGGGCCGGGGCCCCCUGGCAAGCUGGGCUUACCCCGGCCACUGUCUUAGGAAGAGCCUGGAGACAGACACGAUGCUUGUUCAUAGUCAGAAUGUCCUGUCCCCAUUUGGGUUUGGGCUGCAGCAGCCUGGGUCGGGGAAUAGGGUGAUGGAGAAGGGCCCUGCCCUGUGGCAUUGGAGCGUCACUGGAAUCUUCUUCCUUUUGGCCACUCCUGGAAUGAACUGUGCUGAGGGUUGGGUGCGGGGGUUACAUCCCAGUCGUCUCGGUGGGCACUUGGCCCUUGUGACCAAGCCAGUUGCCUGAGGGCACAGAGGCCUGUGGUGGGGGGAGGGGUCCCAGGAUCAGGGGUGGUUGUGCACCUUAAUCUGGGGUACUGGAAGCCAGCUCUGGCCCCUGUCUGGUGGGCCUGGCCGGCUGGUACCAAGCUGCCCAGGAACGCAGCAGGUAGGUGCUGGCUGUCUGAGGACGACCUCGGUUCCCGCUGUUAUUUCUUCACAAGUCUGAUUCUCCUUCCAGGCCAAAGUAUGCAGCCGAGUCCCUGCCCCUGGUCUCUGUUGCCCUGGCACUUGCCCUCUAGCUCAGGGGCAGGGAGCAUCGGCCCCUGGGGAGAUGGGGGCUGAGAACUCGUGCCUGACCAAGCCACCCCUCCUUCCUAGGAAGCAUAACCUACCUUGUCUUUUUUCUUUUUUCUUUUUCUCCCCCGAUAGAGUAGCUCUUUGUACAUAAAAAAUACUUGAAAAAUUAAUUGUAUGAUGUAUGAGAACACAGAGUACCCUAGUUUUGUAUCUCGUGUAUGACUGCCAUGAGUUCCAACAGAAAGUCGCUCUAUUUUGGUCUCUGUGACAUUUUAAAUGCGUGACAGAAGUGAGCAAAUAAAAUGAGAAAGAAAUAUAUAUAUGAGAUAAUAUAGAUUGUAUUGAAAUCUC